GCUAUAUAAUGCCUAGGGGUGGUCACCGCGGCAUACUGUUUGCGGUAAGUGGUCGCGCGUUGACACCCUUUGGUCGUCGAAGGAAGCGCGGUCUUUAUCAUCACUGCACUAAUGAGCUAUUUCGUCCUUCUUGGGGUCCUUUAAAGGUUCCUUCAUUGAUAGAGGAUGUGAAGCUUCCUAGCUGGGCGGCUGACACUCUGUCCCCUAAGGAGAAGCUGCCGCCUGCAACGCAGUACCAUCGUGACGCCAAAUUGGCAUUUCCUUUGGAAAGGCUGGGUACUAUUGUUAGUGCAUAUCGCCGCAAUGUAUAUAGAUACUUCCAACCUGCUUCUUGUGCGAAUGACCCUUACAUUCGCAACUACAUUUACCAAGUGCUAGAUCCAAGCUAUUGCAAGAGUUUCAGUGGGAUAGGUAUGGAUUUUAAUGGACAGCAUCAGGUUGAAUCGAAGCAUAUAUCCGAUGUAGUUAAGGAUAUGAAUUCACUUUCAGCACCUUUGAUAGACCUGAAAUACAAACAGGAUGAAGGAAUGAGAUUCAGACGUUUGUAUGCUGUAGUUCGUGACGCCCAAUCCUGGCGUAGCGUCGCACCUACUCAAGAAACUUCUACAAAUCCAUUUCCUCAUGUGAAUGAAAGCGCAUCUUUGGUGCGUAAUCUCACGGUUGCUGAUGUACUCCAUACCCGGAGUAACCACCGGUUAGCUCGCCGGGCACACCCAAAGUGGUAUACUGCUAGAUAUCGCAAGUUCGUUGACAAAAAGAGGCUACAGGAGAAGCUUCUGCAGCUGAAGCUAGAAGCGAGUGCCUAGCUACGGUGCUGCAUUUG